AUGUUUUCUCUCUCACGUCUUUGUAUAUUCAGAGCAAAUGAGGGUUCAUUGGCACACUGUCGGAUGCUUUCAGGAGCUCUUAAGGAGCAUUUUGGGGACAAAAUCGUCAAUUUCCUCUUUGACCUCGUUACUCGCUUGAUUCAGCGUCGUGCGCGCGCCUGCAGCUGUACGCGUGUCGCGUGAAAGGCGGGAAUAUCGCGAUGAAAAGCUGCACAGUCUCGUGAGAGAACAACAUUGAUGCUGCUUUCCCAACGACGUGAGUGUAUUUCCAUCCCUCAUCUCACCAGAGCCAUGCCAUCUCAGAAACUCAUUUCUACAGAUUGGCUUUUUUAACAUUUACUGAACAGUCAUGACAGGACAGAGCUCUUCUGCUCCAGAGGAGGGCGCUAUUCAAAUCAACGUGGGAGGCUUCAGGCGACGACUUCUGUCAAAGAGACUAUCUCGCUUCCCCGAGACAAGACUCGCGCGCUUGCUGCUGUGUCGCUCCAAAGAAUCCAUUCUUGAGUUGUGUGACGAUUACGAUGAUUCUGAAAAGGAGUUUUACUUUGACCGGAAUCCAGCGCUCUUUCCUUAUGUUUUACAUUUUUACAACACAGGAAGGCUACACGUCAUGGGUGAACUAUGCAUUUUUUCUUUCAGCCAAGAAAUCGAGUAUUGGGGCAUCAACGAGUUCUUCAUCGACUCUUGUUGCAGCAGCACUUACCACUGCCGUAAGAUGGAGCCCGAGCCGAUGGACUGGGACGACAAGAGUGAAGAGGGCAGCACGACUUCCUCUUUCGAUGAGAUCUUGGAAUUUUACAAUGAUGCCGGUAAAUUUGACAAGCAGCCACUUGGGAGCAUCCGACGCAGGAUCUGGUUGAUGUUGGACAAUCCGGGAUAUUCCCUCCCCAGCCGGGUCAUCAGUAUUUUCUCCAUUCUGGUCGUGUUGGGCUCCAUCGCCACCAUGUGUAUGAACAGCAUGAACGAGUUCACGCUCCUGGACGGCGACGGCAGCCCGCGUGAGGACCCUCGCUUCGAGACCAUGGAACAUUUGGGAAUAGGCUGGUUCACGUUCGAACUGGUGGCCCGAUUCGCUGUAGCACCAGACCUUCUCCACUUCUUCGAACACCCACUUAACCUGAUCGACCUGGUGUCCAUCUUACCGUUUUACCUCACCUUGAUGAUUAACCUGGUGGCAGAGAGCAGCCCGGCACUGGCCAACCUGGGUCGAGUCGCUCAGGUGUUGAGACUGAUGAGAAUCUUUCGCAUCCUGAAGCUGGUUCGUCACUCCACGGGCCUGCGGUCUCUCGGCGCCACACUCAAAAACAGCUAUAAAGAGAUCGGCCUGCUGUUGCUGUACUUGGCCGUCGGAGUGUCGUUUUUCUCCGUCAUGGCCUACACCGUCGAGAAAGAGGACAACGAGGGAUUGAGCACCAUUCCGGCCAGCUGGUGGUGGGCAACGGUGAGCAUGACCACUGUAGGCUACGGAGACGUGGUUCCUGACUCCGUCGCAGGAAAACUCACAGCCUCGGCUUGCAUCCUCGCCGGAAUAUUAGUCGUAGUGCUUCCGAUCACUUUGAUAUUUAAUAAGUUUUCUCUGUUCUAUAAGAGACAGAAACAGUUGGAGGUCAUUAUGAGGACCUGCGACUUCGACGGGGGAAUGAAAGAGGCUCCGUCCAUGAAUCUGAGGAAUUAUUAUGCUCAUAAAGUCAAAACACUGAUGGCCAGUCUGUCCAACAUGAGUCGCAGUUCACCCAGUGAUCACAGUUUAAACGAGUCUCUUAAUUAGACAGGAAUGAGUCGUCGUCACUUAACUGUGUCUGUGUGCGUUUGUGGAUCUCACACAUCAUUCUGCUUUUAAUAGCAAGACACACAUAAAAGAUACUCUGUAUUUGGAUUGUGUACAGACUUUAUUGUUUUGUGGUUAAUGUUCGCUGUCUUUGACUCUUAAAUUAAUAAAAGGUCCAGCAUUCAUUAGGAAUUUUAAAUUUGUAUCUUUUAGUGGUACAUAGAUCAGAACAAUUGAGGCCGAUCACCGAUAUUUUAACACAGUAAUCGGCCGAUACCAAUCCGAUAACCGAUUUUUCUUUUUAAAGCGCCCUUUGCCACACUUUUGCAAGUUAUAUGCUGCAGUCAUAUGCAGUAGCAGUGUUAACCACCACGCUAACCACGCAAUCGCAUGGGGACAUUUUCCGGUCGGAAAGCUGCGCAAAAUGCUCAAGUGGUGACGAGCAACGCGCUGUUCUGUGUUCACGUACAAAUAUGCUGUUUUCAGCCGUCUGUGAGCGGUUCACGUGCAUUAUGAAGGUAAAAUGCUGCAGGUGCAUCCGUUCACGCAAUUCCAAACAUUUGGUGCCGCUUAAAGUUAUUAUACAAAACAGCGUUUCACCAGAUUUGCAAUGAGGAAACAGAAAAAUAGAGUUUGUCAGUCAAAAUAAAAGCUCCAGGCGAAGUAAAUACAACAGAAAUAUAAUACUGUUGUAUAAAACAAAUCCACAAAAUAAUAACAAUUCAGUAUCAUAUUACAAUAAUAAACUUGGUUAGACAAUAAUAAAUAAUAUUCAUCUGGGUUCCAAAAUAUAAGUGAAGUUUAAUUUACAAAUAAUGUUUUGUAAAAAUAUAUGUAGGUAAAAAUAGCUUUUUUAUUACUGUAUUGGUGCAGAUAAAUUAUAUUUAUUAUAUUAAAUUUAAUAUCAUUCUUCCUUGUGUUCAUUUAGAGGAAAAACUGUGGAAAACAUGCAUUCAUUAAUUUAAUUACAUGUAAUUUCUCCCGGUUGUACGCCGAAAGGAGGCCCCCGGCUGGACGUUUGCUUGGGGCCUCGGAAAUCAUGGCCCCUGGGAAUAUGUUUAUGCCCCACAAAAAUUACAUUCAAUUUACAGAAAUUGUGAAAUGCUAACAUUUAUUUGAAUUGAAAACAGUUAUGAAUAGUUCUGUUGUCACUAUCAAAUAUGAGAGCAUCACACACAGCAGAGAUACUCAAAAAUAAGAGCCAUUAUAAUAAGCUACAAAACCGCUCUAGAAAGAAAUCAUUAGUAUCUAUGAUAUGUUUACCAUCUUUGCCGUAUGUUGUAACACAAAUCACUAAUUAUUAAGCAACUGCGUGAAGAUGGUAUCUUUGAAAUCUAAUUCAAAAUCAUAUUUGUGAGCUUUAGUGUUUUGUCACUGUAUUAAGCUUCAAGGGUGUUUGAUGAUUUAACGUUACACUUUGAUCACUAGAUUUUAUACAGUGAUAUAAAGUAUCUGUAAAUGAAGGUCUUCUGUCAUUCAGGUGAGGUCUUUACUCCUGCUGUUUAACACAUCUCUUAUGAAGAGGUUAAAUGUCCUUCAACAAAGGAUUUUCAGGUCAUAUUUUGAAUAUUUUGUUUUUUUGCCGUUUGUACACCACGUUUUUAUUUAAUUGUUUAGUGAUUGCAGAGAUCAUUUUAACCACUGCCUUUUAAUUAGUAGUUUUGUUUUUGAUUUGAUCAUUUGAGAUCAAAUGUAAAUGCAGCAUGUGACCCGGCUAGGGAAAGCCUCAGAGAUUUGUGUACAUUAUGAACGAUAUAUAGUUCACAUUUAAAUGUCAUAAAUGUGUUUAGAUGUGUCACUGCGGUGUUUUAAGUUGUGGAUGUGGAGACAGUGUUGCAGCAGGUACUGUAUAUACGGUAUAUGUGCUCUUAUUCAAUGGCAGAAGGCGAUAGCUUUCACCAGCCCUGUAUCAGAAUCUGGUCAUUUUAGCAGGCCUACCAGACACUGAGUAGAAAAAUGGCUUGUCAAACAGAUGAUUGUGCUCAGUUAUUAAUAAAACAAAUUUAAUCACAGAGGAAAAUUCUGUACUCUGUAAAUGUAAAGCACAGGAUUUCUUUAACAGAUGUGACUUCAAUACAUGUUCCUGAUCUUACUGUAAAUGAUUCAUCAGUGCACAUUAUUUCAAAGAAACAGAAGUUUGUCUUAGUAAUAUUUCAUCAAAAUAUAAUAACUUGCUCCACCUCUAAAACAACUUUUCAGCUGACCAUCUGUCAAAUAGAGAUGCUUUACACCAUCUAAUCAAGUCCUGCCCUACAUUUCUCUCUCUCGCUGAAUAUCCUGUUGCACUUGUAAAAUUGUCACAUUAUGGAAAUAAAAUC